AAGAAGAAACAACAACAACAUCACAUUAAGGAUCAGAGGAGUUGGGUGAAAGAAUACGAAAUGGAAACCCUCUCUAAGCCAGGCCUGGCUGUGGAUCCAGACACAUCACCGUGUUAUUCUCAGAGGAAAGCAGGAAGCACAGCAGUCACCGCCCAGUAUGGAAGUGCCAUCCUCGCACCACAGUUAACAGGUGUUACUGUAGGAAGGGAUAUAACGCUCAACGUCACCACAUAUGCCCCAUCUCCUGUCAGGAUAGACAACACUGUUGCUGUUUCUCCCAAAACGAAAGAAAACAAACUCCAAAGGUGCAGUGCUGAACUAAAAUCUCACCUUGGAAAUACAACAAAACGUCUGUCUCAAGGAACAAAGGAAGAAGGAUCAUUGAUUCUUUUGAACAAGAUCUACACGGACCUUUACAUCACAAAAGGAGGCAGCGGGGAGGUUAAUAACGAACAUGAAGUAAUUCAAUUAGAAUGCAGAAGGUGUAUGAGUGAGGAUAAGCCAAUCCAGCUCAAUGACAUUUUAAAACCUUCAUCAGAUGAAGAAAACCUUUAUCAGAGAGUUCUGAUGAAGGGAAUCGCUGGCAUUGGGAAAACUGUAGCUGUGCAGAAAUUCAUACAGGACUGGGCAGCAGGAAAAGCCAACCAAACUAUUCAGUUCAUAUUUCCAAUCACAUUCAGAGACUUUAAUUUAUUAAAAAAUGACGAUGACUGGAGUCUUACGAAAUUGAUAGGUCACUUUUUUAAAGUGAAGGAUUUGGAAGCAUUAGACUAUAGCAGUUCAAGUGUUUUAUUCAUCUUUGACGGCCUGGAUGAAUGCAGAUUACCUCUGGACUUUAAGAACAAUGGUGUGUGGAACAGUGUUACAAAGACCACUACAGUAGACGUCCUGCUAACCAACUUAAUCUCAGGGAAACUGCUAGAAGAAGCUUGGAUCUUGGUCACAAGUAGACCAGCUGCAGCCACUAAGAUUCCUCCCGAAUACAUCGACAAGGUGAUCGAGGUACGAGGCUUUAAUGAUGAGCAGAAGGAAGAGUACUUUCAGAAGAAAGUUAAUAACAAGGUUAUGGCUCAGAAGAUCCUCGAUCAUCUUCAGUCAAAGCCGAUGAGAAGUCUGUACAUCAUGUGCCAGAUCCCAUUCUUCUGUUGGAUUUCAGCCACAAAUCUCCAGUAUCUCCUAACAGAAACUCACAAAGGCGAGUUGCCCAAGAUGUUGACUGAAAUGUACUUACACUUCCUGAUAUGCCACAUAAAGUGUAAACACCAGAAGAAUUAUCAGGAAGGCGAAGAAGACAAAUACAUUAUUAUGAAACAUGGAAAGCUGGCAUUUGAACAGCUUCUGAAGGGCAAAACAGUCUUUUAUGAAAAAGACUUGAAAAGUUGUAAGAUUGAUCUGAAAGCUGCAGUUUAUUCAGGAUUUUGUACACAGAGCAUAAGAAAAGAUUAUGGUCUUCACAAACAAGAAAUUUACUCCUUCAUACAUUUAAGUAUUCACGAGUUUCUUGCAGCUCUUUACGUAUCAGAGACCUUCUUAAAUAGCGGAGAAAAUCUGCUUCCAGGAAAGAAAAGUAAGAAAGGAAAACCUCCCAUCCUCCUCUUCCACAAGGACGCGGUGAAUAUGGCUUUGGCCAGCGAUUGUGGACGAUGGGACAUGUUUCUGUGCUUCCUGCUCGGUCUGUCACAGGAUAAAAAUCAGAAACUUCUUCAGAAAGUAUUGAGAUUCGAAGAAAGACGUCCACAGAGCACCCAGGACACAAUCAUCUACAUUCAGGGCACAAUAAUCUACAUUCAGGAGACAAACAAGAAACUGUCCAAUGCUGACAAGAGUAUUAUCAAUCUGUCCCACUGUUUAAUUGAGUUGGAUGACCAGCAGGUUAAUAACGAUCACAGCAGACGGUGUUUGAGUGAGGAGGAGCAAAUCCAGCUCAAUGUCAUUUUUAAACCUUUAUCAGAUAAAGAAAACACUCCUCAGAGAGUUCUGAUGAAGGGAAUCGCUGGUGAUAGGGACACAGAUAGGAGCUGGUUUAGUUAUAAGAAAAAAUUUAAAUGGAAUUAUUAAUAUCAUUUAAAUGAAUAUUAAUAAAUUAUCAAUAUAUAUAUAUAUAUAUAUAUAAUAUCAGGACAACAAAUUAUGUUGGUACAUGUUAUGCUCCCCCUCCUUCUGAUCAUACAGUCAAUAAAGAGGGGGAUGGGAUUUGGGAUCAAUCUCACUUCCACUCUGGCCUGGCCUGGCAGCAGCAUUGACCACUUGUAGUUUUGUUUUGUUCUUUAUCUUUUCUGGUGAGUCCGGUGGUCUAGUUUUCGGUGUUUUGUUUCUGUUUGUCAAGGUUUAGUUUGGGGUUAUGUUGUUCAGGGGUAGAGGGAAGCACCCGGCUCCGACGGCUCUGUAAGAGCUGGGCUCAGGUGGCUUCCCAUCUUUUGUUCCUUUUUGCCGGCUCACCAGUUCAGUUAUGGGUAAAACUUUAGGGGUUAGUUUGGUUCUUUUACUUAACUUAGCUCUUUUGUUAAUUAUUGGUCUACUAUUUCUGUGUUGCUCUUAAAAAAAAACGUAUUAUAUAUAUUUUUUGAAAACUCUUGAUCCUUGUGAUGAUGAUCAAACUAAUUAAUAAUUAUAUUAAUAAUAUUAUCUUGGGAUUAUGAUUAAACUAAUUAAUCAUUAUCAAAAUAAUUAUUAAUUUAAAAAAUAAUUAUUUAAUUUAAUUAAUAAUUAUCAAAAUAAUUAUUAAUUAUAUUGAAUAAUGUGAUUUAAUUUAUAUGAUGAUAAAUGAUGGGAAAUUAAUGUAGUCUCAUAAAUAUAAACCAUAUAUUGUUUAUAUAGAUGCAAUUUAUAGUUAAUACUUUCACAAGCUUAUAAACAAGCUUUUAGUAAUAGUAAGUAAUGAGCUUAGAAAUGAACAAAGACACAAAACAAGAUGUACACAAAAAACGUUUUUUGUUUAUUUGUUCUUUUUUAUUUUUAUUUUUUGGGGGUAGUGGAUGGGAUUCAUUGCUGUUUUGUCUGUGUUUUGUCUGUAUUAUAUCCAUAUGCUGUAAAAAAAAAAAAAAAAAAAAUUGUAAAAAUAAGUGGCAAUGCAAACUUUUGGAUUUUAGUUGCUUUUAAGUUUUUCAAUUUCGCUCUUGGUUUUCUGUCUAAAAAUUGAAAUGGUUUAUGAUUUAUGAUUUACUACUUUACUUAGAUUUUGUUCCAUUUAUUUCUUAUUCUAAUAUCUAUCUUGUUUCAUUGUAUAACAAUGAAGAUUGACUUUAUAUUAAGUUUAAAAUUUAGUGUGUGAUGCCAUUUAAUCAAGUGUGUUGGGUUAUAUUUG